GAAGAGUUUCCCUCCUCCCAGGUUUACUCUGCCGGUGACCGUAGCUCUCUGUGUCCAUUAAAAUCAGUGGUAGUAAAUAACUAAAAUGACGGUUUAUACAAAAGCGCUGGAUUUGAUGAACGAGAAGCCGAUACUGGGCUCGUCUCCAACUCCGAGCACAAGUUCGAGCCGAGGCAGUAAUAGCGAGACGCGGGUUGACCUUCCAUACCCAGUCUUCGAAAGCUUUGAGUUCUACUCAGUGAAGGGCGUGCUGUACGUUAUACUGUCCGUUCUAUUGCUGGCGUGCAUCGGCGGGAUGUCAGUCAUAGUGAUGUUGCACUCGUAUAAGACCGGCUUCCAGAACUAUCAGGCACGCUGCCAUAUUCCAGUGCCAAGGGAUAUGCGUGAGAGAUACAUGGAUGGAAAGUUCCACGUACUGCCUGUGGCUUGGGACUCGAAGCCGAUGCUCGAGCUGGUGAGCGCCCUCAACGAGAAUGACUCAGACACAAUCAUGGACAUGCUCAACGAGGAACUGGAUAUCGGAGAGACGGUGGAAAAGAUUGCCGUCGUGGAUAACGGGCAUCGAGUCAACUUUAUACACGACUUCAGCAGCAACCUUACAGGCAUCGUUGACGAUGAGCGUUGCUUCGUAAUGGACCUCCAGCCCGAUAUCGUGAUGCCUCCAGAGCUGUUCAUCAACGGGCUAACUAAUGGAGCAAACUUCGACGUGUCCAAGGUUCGCACGCAUCUCCGUGCAGCCCUGCCCUCCAUCGUGGACAUGGCGAAGGCAGCCAAACGUAUGGCAGACUCCUGCUUCUCCAAGCCGACAUAUCGGCUUUAUCUCAAUGGUGUUGAGAUAGAGAAACGCUCAACUGACCCGCAGCCGCGAGACUUCAUACUGUUUUCGGGCAAACACAUCCAGGAGCUCAAGAUAGAUAACUACGAUGAAAUUAUCAAAUAUGAGAAGAGUCUCGUACAAGUGUAAACACUGUUAUAACCAAAUACUACGAAUAAAUGUGUUUUCUUGCAUACACUAGGUGUUAGAUUAAGCUUUCGAGUCGAAGUAAACGACUACAUCGGCCAAAAAGAUUUCUGUCUAUAAAUAGACAAUUUGGUCGAAUCUGUAAUCACUUGUUCUAUGGUGUCGUCAUAUUUCCAUAAAUAAUGUAUUAUAGUGGGACUGAUAUCUGAAACAUUGUGUCCGAAAUAAGAACUAACACCGCCAUCUUUAAAAAUGUCACUUUGGACAGAUCAGUGAUAACAUCGUUUGGAUCUGAAACCUGGUUCCUGCAAGAGUGUGCCAUCGGUCAUUAAAAGGCAUUUGAUUACUGUUUGUAUUCCAUCAAUGAAUGAGUACGUUUAUGACGAAAAUAAUAAUAUCAGACUCUGUUUAAACUUUUUAAGGGUCAGGUUUAUGGUGAACUAAUGACAUUGAUUUGCAAUAUGGUCUUGCUCGUUAUGGAAAACUAUGUGGUAAUGCGCACUAAGUCUUUCAACAUUUAAGGUGUCUUUAUAUUAACUUUAGGAACUAAAGUAUAGUCCUUAUAGUAUGUAUCUGAUUCUAGAUUCAAGUUAAGCUGAUGUCUAACUGCACGAACAUAUUACUUACUCGCAUACAUUUGACAAGACCUUCCUUUUGAUAGUUCCAAAUAAUAUAGAUAUGCUUGGUGUAAUUUUAUUCAUUCAAGGCAACUAAAUAAAUAUGCAUGUCUAAAAUUACUCAGGAUUCACAGAUUGGAGUAUAUAUAUGUAUUAUUUUACUGUAGAUUUUGACUUUCAGUAAGCGAUUUUAUAAAUCCUUCUUUGCAUUAAUACAUGUGAAUUUGAACUGUCUGUGGUUUGUUACGAGAUAUUUUCUAUAACAGAUUAAAAGUUUGAACAUUUUUAAAGCAGUCAUAUGCAGUUUGAGCUCAGAACUCCAGACUACUGGGGGAUUUUGAUUUUAUUUUUUAAGACAAAGUUUCUUGAAAUACAGAGGUUCAAAUUCUUCUACUACAAACAACAGAUGAACCAGUUUAAAAGCGGGGUUCACAACCAUCCUAGAGUGCAACUGAUAUUUUUUUAUGUAGUAGAAAGAAUUUUCAAGAAAUAUUCUUUCUCGUACAGCCAAAGUGUGAAAUAAGCUUCCUUGUACGAUGUUUUCAAAAACCGCGCGCACCUUUAUAAAAGGCCGUCAACGCUCCUGUGAUUCCUCUGGUGUUGCAAGAGAAUGUGAUGCGAUGAUCACUUACCAUCAGCUACCCGUACGCACGUUUAUCGACAUGUUUAUCGCGUAUAUGUAGGGCUGCUAAGUAUGCUCAAGUGAAGGCAAAAUCACAAUCCAAAAUUUUGUGAGCAAUGGUCCCUCCUUUGGCAGACAGAAGAGACAAUGUGGUCAUACACUACAACUUGAAUCACAUUAAUAAUUGACGCAGAAAUUCCUUUAUCACUUAAGGCACAAAAUAAUUUUUGACAAUGUUUUAAAUUAGCUAUGAAUAUAUUUUGAGAUAAUACUCACUUUAUUUUACUUAUAAGGAAUUGUUUCUACAAGAAUUAUGAAAUAUUAUUUGCCAAUUACCUAUAUACACUGUGCUAUUGUUAUCUACAUUUCAUGUAAAACUGUGUGUCUAUUAAAUACAGUAUUCGAUGUACAUAUAA